AAUUGAAUAAAGAAGCGAUCUCAUGCUCGCAUAGUGGUAAGUCGAGUAGAGGGGCGGGGAGGAGUGGAGUGGAGUGGAGAGGAGAGGAGGGGAGAGAAAGAGGAUUAGGGUUUGUUGGUCGAGCGGGUGAGGAGCGAGAUGGAGGGAGACGGGGGCGACGAGGCGGCGGAGGGGAAGAGGAACCCGCGGUGCUACAUGGACGUCAGCAUCGGAGGGGAGGUGGAAGGGCGGAUCGUGGUGGAGCUCUUCGCCGACGUGGUGCCGAGGACGGCGGAGAACUUUAGGGCGCUCUGCACCAGGGAGAAGGGCGUUGGGCCCCACACCGGCGUCCCCCUCCACUUCAAGGGCUCAUGUUUUCAUCGUGUUAUAAAAGGUUUCAUGAUACAAGGGGGAGAUAUAUCUGCAGGUGAUGGGACAGGAGGAGAAUCCAUUUAUGGAUUAAAAUUCGAGGAUGAGAACUUUAUACUGAAACAUGAAAGAAAAGGAAUGCUGUCAAUGGCAAAUUCUGGCCCUAACACUAAUGGCUCUCAGUUUUUUAUCACUACUACUCGAACAUCUCAUCUAGAUGGAAAACAUGUUGUGUUUGGGAAGGUGCUUAAGGGCAUGGGAGUAGUUCGUUCGAUUGAGCACACUCCUGUUGGUGAUGCUGAUUGUACUACUGUUGAUGUUGUAAUUUCGGACUGUGGAGAACUUCCUGAGGGGGCUGAUGAUGGUGUAUCAAACUUCUUCAAAGAUGGUGACUUGUAUCCUGAUUGGCCAAAUGAUCUUGAUGACAAACCAAGUGAGGUUUCUUGGUGGAUGAAUGCUGUGGCCUCUGCCAAGACAUUUGGGAAUGAUUUCUUCAAGAAACAAGAUUAUAAGAUGGCUCUUAGAAAAUACAGGAAGGCUUUGCGCUACUUGGACAUAUGCUGGGAAAAAGAAGAGAUUGAUGAAGAGAAGAGCUCGUUGUUGCGGAAGACCAAGUCAAUUAUAUUGACAAACAGUUCUGCUUGCAAGUUGAAGUUAGGAGAUUUGAAAGGUGCUCUAUUAGAUGCUGACUUUGCAUUGCGUGAAAGAGAGGGAAAUGCAAAGGCGUAUUUUCGACAAGGUCAGGCACACAUGGCACUCAAUGAUGUGGAUGCUGCAGUUGAAAGCUUCAAGAAAGCAUUAGAGUUAGAGCCGAAUGAUGGAGGCAUAAAGAAAGAACUUGCAGCUGCAAAGAAGAAGAUAGCUGAUAGACGAGACCAGGAGCGCAAGGCUUAUUCCAGAAUGUUCCAGACCUCUGUCAAAUCAGUUGCGACAAAUGAGGAUAAAAAUUGCUGAAGAGACUUCAGCUCCGAAUUUUUGUGCAUGAAUUUUCUGGGUACAAGGGUCAUAUACAUAGAGAUUUGAUUAGCAUAAAAAAUCAUCAGCCUGUAGGUAUGCACAGUCGGGGCUGAGAAGACAAAGUUUCCGGAUCCCGCGAGAAAUCAUUUUCCUUUUCUUUGAGGUUAGAAUUUCAAGUGGACAUUUUCAUGAUGGAUAACGAGGGAUUUUUCCCUAAACAUUUCAAAAUAAAUUUAGGUUCUGCCGAUCAAACAUCGUUGUCUCUUUUUUAACAUCUCCAGACAUUUGAACACGUCUUCAA